AUGAAUAUACGCCCUUCCUAUAGAUGGCGCGCAACGCGCCAUCAUCGGGCCAUGUCGGGAGAGGGUUCUCCACGAGGAAUGAUUCCACGUGUGGAACCCUCUUUUUCCACGAGCCAAAAAGAGGGUUCCACACGUGGAACCAUUCCUCGUGGAGAACCCUCUCCCGACAUGGCCCGAUGAUGGCGCAUUGCGCGCCAUCUAUAGGAAGGGCCUAUAUCUUAUCCCUUGAAUCAAAAUUCCAGCAACUGGAAAUGUGGGAAGAAGAAAGAGACUCUCGCUCCAGAGCAAAUUUCAGGAACAAAAUUCAUUACCAAACGAUGUCCUUCACAAAUCUAUCUAAUACAAAAAGAUCAGUAGGACUUUUAUCGAGACCAAUGACUACGAAUAGCUUGAUAAAGAGAAAGUCAUUGACAAGACUUAAUAGCUUAGAGACCUUUAAGAAGCCUGCAUUCAGACAGCUUUAUACAGGAGUCUUUUCAAAUAUAUCACUUGUUUAUAAGAGAUCUGAACAUAGACAGAUAUUAAGGAUGGAUGGAAGAUCAUGGAAAACGACCGGAAGCAAUGUUUAUAAAGUUCGAAACCAAAGUGCCAAAAAUGAAGUAGAUUUUGGUUUAUAA